UAGUAAAUACUAUAGGAUCCAUUAUUAAAUCUAACCCAACAACUCGAAUUAUUGAUACUAAACGGUAUUGACAAAGAACAUCAUUCAAAGCAAAUUUCUAACUAGAGCAAAAAUAAUUGUUUGAUACAUAUGCAGUGAUACUCUUAAUAGUUUCGAUAUAUAUUUAAUUUAUCAUGUUUUUGUAAAUACAAAGUUAUAUCAUGAAUGGUUUAAAAAUCUAACAAAACUAUUUUAUCCCAAGUAUAUUUUUUCUUAAAUGGACCCACACUCGACAACAUCAUAAGUAUAUUCAUAUCUCAUCCUUGUGAGAAUUUUAUACUCUUGUUUAUAUUUGGUUUCCGUCUGGCAACCAUUUUUUUCCACGCGGUGAUAGCGCCUUGUGCUGCUGACUGAUGACGAGAAAAUAAUGAGAAUACAAAUUACCAAGCCGGCCGCCACCCUUCCUCCAUCAACUUCCCAACUACAUAAACCUCUCCAUCCCAAACAGUCGCUACCUAAAACCAAAAUGGCUGUUCCCCACAAACCACUCUUUCUCCUCCUCCUCCUCCUCGUUCUCUUCUCCUCCGUCAUCCUAGCCGUCAACGCCGGGCUCCAUCUCAACCACUCCGACCACCGCGCCAUCUCCCUCAUCCGCCGGGACUUGGGAUUCAACGCUCAGCAACGCAACACCUCCGUCCCCCCCUGCAACCUCCACGGCGUCUUCUGCGAGCGCCGCAUCUCUCCCGCCGCCGACGACACCUACGAGCUCAGAAUCACCAGGCUGGUCUUCAAAUCCCACUCCCUCUCCGGCACCCUCCCGCCGGCAAUCGGCCGGCUGACCGAGCUGAAAGAGCUCUCCCUCCCUGACAACCGCCUCGCUGACCAAAUCCCCUCCGAAUUAGUCAACUGCAACAAGCUCGAGAUUCUCAAUCUCGCCAACAACCGAUUCUCCGGCACAGUUCCCCCUGGCGUUUCCUCCCUCCUCCGGCUGCGCGUCCUGAAUCUCGCCUCCAACAAAUUGUCUGGGGAUCUGAGCUUCCUGAAGCAUUUCCCCAAUCUCGAAACUCUUUCCCUCGCCAACAAUUUCUUCGCUGGGCAGGUCCCCAAAUCGAUUCGAUCCUUCCGCAACCUCCAAUUCCUCGACCUCUCCGGGAACAGGUUCCUCCAGCAGCUCGAAUCGGGCUCGCCGGCCACGGUGAAGUCCCGAAGCUCCGAUUACCCGAACCGCUACAUUUUAGCCGAGGAUGACGACGACGACGCAACAGCAGCAACUCCGACGAGAUCGAGGAAAAACCACUCUAAUUCGCCAGCUUCUGCCCCGAUAUCGUCGAUGAACGCCGGCGCCGGAGCUCCAGGGCCAUCACCUGUGAUGCCCCACAGGCGGCACAAGAAGGGGAAGAGGAAGCUGGCAGGGUGGCUCCUCGGCUUUCUCGCCGGAGGCAUCGCCGGGAGCAUAUCAGGAUUCGUGUUCUGCGUCCUGUUCAGGAUGAUUCUGGCCACAAUUCGCGGAGGUGGGAAAGGUGGAGGCCCUGCAAUCUUCAGCCCGAUGAUUAAGAAAUCGGAAGAUCUGGCUUUCUUGGAGAAAGAAGACGGGCUGGCUUCACUGGAGAUCAUCGGCCGAGGUGGCUGCGGUGAAGUCUACAGAGCAGAGCUGCCCGGAAGCGACGGCAAAAUCAUCGCGAUCAAAAAAGUGAUUCAACCAUCCAAAGACGCCACCGAUUUGACUGACGAAGACUCCAAACAGAUGAACAAGAAGAUGAGGCAGAUCAAAUCGGAGAUCAGCACCGUGGGCCAGAUCCGGCACAGGAACCUGCUACCACUUCUGGCACAUGUAACCCGACCCGAUUGCCAUUACCUGGUCUACGAGUUCAUGAAGAACGGGAGCUUGCAGAACAUAUUAGAAGACGUUUCUCAAGGAAGGAGAGAGUUGGAUUGGCCGGCAAGGUACAAGAUCGCCCUCGGGAUCGCAGCUGGCCUCGAGUACCUUCACAUCAACCACAGCCCAAGAAUAAUCCACAGGGACUUGAAGCCUGCUAAUGUUCUUCUCGACGAUGACAUGGAGCCUCGGAUUGCUGAUUUCGGGCUGGCGAAGUCGAUGCCAGAUGCCAACACACACGUCACGACGUCGAAUGUGGCCGGCACGAUCGGGUACAUUGCGCCGGAGUAUCAUCAGACGUUGAAGUUCACCGACAAGUGUGAUAUCUACAGCUUCGGGGUGCUGCUCGGGGUUCUGCUGAUAGGGAAGCUUCCAUCCGACGAGUUUUUCCAGCAUACCAGGGAGAUGAGCUUGGUCAGGUGGCUGAAGAACGUUAUGACGUCCGAGAAUCCUACUCAGGCGAUUGAUCCCAAGCUGAUGGGGAAAGGGUAUGAAGAGCAGAUGCUGCUGGUGCUCAAGAUCGCCUGUUUUUGUACCAUGGAGGACCCUAAACAGAGACCCAACAGCAAGGAUGUGAGAGUCAUGCUGGAUCAAAUUAAGCACUAGUAUCUAGUUAAGUGAUCUAAAAAUGGCACGACUACUCAGAAUAAUGCACAAGCCUUCGUUGUUGCCGGACUCUGUAGUUACUAUUUCUACAGUUACUUUGUGUUUUCCCAAGCAGAAUGAUCGACCAGCUCGUUGUUAUUAAUCGGUUCAUGAUGCUCUAAACUGUGUACUACUAGGGUUUUGAACUUGUAAGAUGUUAAAUAUCACAUACAAAUUUGCACAACCAGAUAUGCAACUGACAAGAUUUUGCAGCCAUGGAUUCCUCAAUUAGGGCAAAAUCCUCAAUCACCCAGUAAAGCAUAUAUCCAUAU